AUGUUUACCUUUAAGGCUCUUGCCGCUGCCUUGGCAGUCAUCUCCAUCUUCGGCACUACAUCAGCUCACCCUGGCGAGAGACACUCACCCUCUAGUGUCAAGAGGGAGGCUGAACGAUAUCGCGAGGCUCACGCCAGAGCUGCCCGGGCCUUUUCCCAGAUUGACCAGUUCCCGCGUGCUCUGGAGUUGCAAGAGCGAGCUGUUGCCCGGCGAUUUGCUACAUGGAACGCUCUCCGUGCGGAGCGUGGUAUCGCCAGCAACCCCUCGAUCGAAAAGAGAACCAAGGAGGAUCUAGACAAGUAUCUUGCUAUCAGCCACGAUGUCUCUGAUACAGGGUACACUCUUGACACCCCUACCGAGGUGAUUUUUGGCAGCAACGCGACAGCUGCUUUGGUUCAAGAGGCAAUCCUCGGUCCAUACUUUGCAUCUGGUGAGCUCUUGCGCACAGACGUAACAGAGGGUAUUGCUGGUGUCCCUCUCCACUUGGACAUCCAGUUCAUUGAUAUCAACACCAUGGAUGCCGUUGAAGACCUAUACGUAGAUAUCUGGCAAUGCAAUGCUCUUGGUGUCUACUCUGGUGUGGCUCUCGCAGGCCAGGCCGGUCUUAACACGACGUGGCUCCGUGGAUUCCAAGUCAGCAACGAAGAGGGCGUUGUCGAGUUUGACACCAUCGUGCCUGGCCACUACGCCGGACGUACACACCACAUCCACAUUCUGACCACGAUCAACUCCACCAUGUUGCCCAACAACACCUACGUCCCUGGUAUCACCAACCACGCCGGCCAAUUCUUCUUUGAGCAGUCCCUGGUCGACGAGGUCGAGACCCUGGACCCGUACAACACCAACACCCAAGUACUGGUCAAGACCGCGGAUGACGACAUUGCUCAGUCUGUGGCUACCUCGGUUGAUGAUCCACUGCUCCAGUACGUGCGGCUUAGUGACAACCUCCAAGAUGGCUUGCUGGCCUACAUCACUGUCGGCAUUGACUUGAAGGCCAACCACAGCGACAGCUACCAACCUGCUGCACACUGGGAGGCGGGAGGCGGUGUCAGCCUGCCCGGUUGGGUGCCGUCGCUCCCCGGUGGUGUCACUCCCACUCUACCACCGGGUGUUCCUCUGCCUAUCACCACAUCGGCAGGCACUAUUACAAGUGCCACCUAA